CACAACUCCACUCCACGGAUAAACACGGGGAGAGAAGUCCCAGAGACGUGUCAAGAGUUUCCAGGAGCGGAAUCCACGCGGUUAUGGACAGAAGGAUGAACUUGAACGGCGGCGCGGCGGACAUUUUUCACAAAACUCUGAGCGCGGUGUCAACUAAAAAGAUGGACCCUUUCAGGUCGUCGGCCGGACUCGAACUCCCAUCCAGAGACCGCCAGUCGCCCAUCAGCUGCUUUGACCAGACUGAUCCGGACCCGAUCCAGCCGGGAGGACUGGCAGGAGGUAGAGGGGGGCCGCUGGGUCUGCCAACCGGAUCUUUGUGCGUCAAGUACGGCGAGAGCGCCAACAGGACCUCGGUGGCGGAGAGCAGCGGAGGGGAGCAGAGUCCUGAUGAUGACAGUGACGGCAGGUGCGACAUGGUGCUUCUGGCCGAUGGACGGACGGUGCCGGCGGGAAAAGGCGAAGGAGGUAAGAAAACCAAAGAGCAGAAAUUACUGAGGCUAAACAUCAAUGCCAGAGAGAGACGGCGGAUGCACGAUCUGAACGACGCGCUGGAUGAACUCAGAGCCGUCAUCCCUUACGCGCACAGCCCCUCGGUGCGGAAACUCUCCAAAAUCGCCACGUUGCUGCUCGCGAAAAACUACAUCCUGAUGCAGGCGCAGGCGCUGGAAGAAAUGAGGAGGCUGGUGGCGUACCUGAACCAGGGCCAGGCCAUCUCUGCUGCCUCCAUACCCGCCACCACUGCGCUCGCAGCUCCCGGCUUGGGCGCGUACGAACAGCCGCCCGGAUAUCCCCCCUUCCCCACCGGGGUGUCCGCGUCCUCCUGUCCCGAUAAAUGUGCCCUGUUCAACAACGCCACGUCCAGCCUCUGCAAACAGUGCACCGACAAGCCUUAA